AACCAACCUACGGGAUGAACAAUGUUGUGUUACGUAGCGAUUGAAUAAGCAGCAUUCAUAUCAGAAGACACAUCACUGAACUUUGGUUUCCCGAAAUAAAUGAUUUGAAAGCUUUCAAGGGUUUGCCAGCGUCCCACCAUGGCAGCGGAGGCUGAUGGACAGCAGGGUCGCCUGGCGAUGCCCAACCAGGAGGAGGCGACGGAAGAGGAUGGCAACGGUCAGCAGUCCAGUGCGCCGGAUGGGGCAGGGGAGGGCAGCAGGAAAGCCCCUCUGGUUCAGAUUGACAGGCAGCAGAUCGAAUCGGUGGCGGCGAGUGCUCAGGGGGAGGAGCUUGAGGGUCUGGGCGUGGCCGUGUACGACCAGGAAGUGUUGGAGCAGGGCGUGAUGCAGCAGGUGGACCGCGCCAUUCAGCGGGCCAGUCAGGAGCAGGAGCGGGCCGACGCCCAGAAGGAGUACGAGGCCGUGCUGGAUGAUGUCAGGUCGUGUGUGUGUGCUCUGAAGCAGAUUAAUAAGAUCCUGGAGCAGCUCACGCCUCACGCCGCCUCCAGCAAAGACAUCAGCCGCAAGAUGGAGUCAGUCCGCCGACAGAAGGAGAACAAGGAGAAGCAGUUGAAGAAGAUUCGGGCCAAACAGAAGCGCUUGCAGGCGGUGCUGGGGGGAGAGGACGCCCAGAGACUGGAGGAGGAGAUGUCCGAAGCUGAGGAGGAGCCUGGCCCGUCCACCCUGGGCAGCAUGCUGAUGCCGGCCCAGCAGACGGACUGGGAGGAGCUUAUCCGUCAUGGUCACAUGACUCCGUUCGGAACGCGCAUCGCCCCGGCAACCCCCGAGAAGAAACCGGCACGCAAACUCAUGCUGAGUGAUGGUGGCGGCUUCGAGCUCUACCUCAGUGAGCAGGCUGAACUUGCCCAGAGCCGCAAGAAGAAGAAGGCACACCCACCCAGCAAGAACCAAUCCCCCGGCAGCGCCGGCAAGAAGUCCCGCCCCGCUGCGGCGACGGCGGCGGAGGAUCGUAAACUCCAGAAGCGCAUGCGUCAGCUCCAGCGCACGGCGCUCAGGGCACACCCUCAGGCACGGGGCAGCGGGAGCAAAGCGCCACCCGGUGGCCGGAGGCGUCAACAGCGGCGGCGUCACGGCACGGACAGCGAGGGGGGGUCGGACAGCGAAGGGCCCCCCAGCGAGGAGCUGAUGGACCUCGAGGAGCCGGACCGAGACGACGAGUUCUGGGUGGACGAGGAAGAGGAGUACUAUCUGAAGGCCGAGGCGAGGAAGAGCGGAGGCACGGGAAAAGGAGAGCGCAGGAGGAGGAGAGAGGAGGAGGAGGAGGGGAGUGAUGAAGAGUACAGACCCAGCGACUCCGAGGGAGAGGAGGAUUCUGGGAAGAAGGGGAAGAAGGAGAAGAAAUUCAAAGAUGAUGGAGACAUCAACUACUACAGACAGAGAAUCAGGCGCUGGAAGAGAGAGAGACUGCUGGAGAAAGAGAGGAGGAGAGAGGCAGGAGAGGAGGAGUCAGAUGACAGUGACGCUGAGUUUGAUGAAGGCUUCAAGACGCCCGGCUUCCUCUGGAAGAAGCUCUUCAAGUACCAGCAGACAGGUGUGCGCUGGCUGUGGGAGCUGCAUUGCCAGCAGGCAGGGGGGAUCCUGGGAGAUGAGAUGGGUUUGGGCAAAACCAUUCAGGUCAUCGCCUUCCUGGCCGGCCUCAGCUACAGCAAGAUACGCACGCGCGGCUCUGGGUACAGGUACGCAGGCCUGGGUCCUACGGUGAUUGUGUGUCCGGCUACAGUGAUGCAUCAGUGGGUGAAGGAGUUCCACACCUGGUGGCCUCCAUUCAGGGUGGCAGUGCUGCACGAGACUGGAUCUUUCACCAGCAAGAAGGAGAAGCUGAUCCCUGAGAUCGUGGCGAGUCACGGUGUUCUGAUCACGUCCUACUCCAACGUGCGCAUCAUGCAGGAGACGCUGCAGCGGCACGACUGGCACUACGUGGUCCUGGACGAGGGCCACAAGAUACGCAACCCCAACGCCCAUGUCACCACCGCAUGCAAACAGUUCAGGACGCCUCACCGCAUCAUCCUGUCCGGUUCUCCGAUGCAGAACAACCUGAAGGAGCUCUGGUCGCUCUUCGACUUUGUGUUUCCAGGGAAACUGGGCACUCUUCCCACAUUCAUGGAGCAGUUCUCGGUGCCCAUCACAAUGGGUGGCUACUCCAAUGCUUCACCUGUACAGGUCCAGACGGCGUAUAAGUGUGCGUGUGUGUUAAGGGAUUCCAUCAAUCCGUACCUUCUGCGUCGAAUGAAGGCAGACGUGAAGGCCAAUCUCUCACUGCCUGACAAAAAUGAACAGGUGCUGUUCUGCAGGCUGACGGAGGACCAGCGGGACGUCUAUCAGGGCUUCCUGGACUCCAAGGAGGUCUACCAGAUCCUGAACGGAGAGAUGCAGGUGUUCUCUGGGCUGAUAGCGUUGAGGAAGAUCUGUAAUCACCCGGACCUGUUCUCCGGUGGCCCGCGCCUCCUGCGUGGCGUCUCUGAGGAGGAGCUGAGUCCCGAGGAGCGCUUCGGCUACUGGAGGCGCUCGGGCAAGCUGGUGGUGGUGGAGUCCCUCCUGCGCAUCUGGAGCAAACAGGGGCACAGAGUACUGCUCUUCACCCAGUCCAGACAGAUGCUGCAUAUUCUGGAGGUGUUUGUGCGUGAGAAGAACUACACGUUCCUGAAGAUGGACGGCACCACCACAGUGGCCUCACGGCAACCUCUCAUCGCCAAGUUCAACGAGGCGCGUGAGCGUGCGUGGCGUAUUGGCCAGACGCAGCAGGUCACUGUGUACAGACUGCUCACCGCCGGAACCAUAGAGGAGAAGAUAUACCACAGGCAGAUCUUUAAGCAGUUCCUGACCAACCGCGUUCUGAAGGACCCAAAGCAGCGACGCUUCUUCAAGUCCAACGACAUCUACGAGCUGUUCACCCUCAGCAACCCAGAUGGAGACACGGGGACGGAGACCAGCGCCAUCUUUGCAGGCACCGGCUCAGACAUCCAGGCUCCCAAAAGACCAAAGGUCCCGCCCCCCUCCUCUUCCUCACGGCCCCUGAAGUCUUCCUCGUCCUCCGCCUUCUGUGUCCAAGACGACGACAACGCUCCUCCCUCCUCCUCCUCUCCCUCUGCCAAAGGCCGCCAGGCAAACCGGAACGCCAACAUUCCCAACGGAGCACCCAGCGUCACCGACAUUCCCAACGGAUCAAUCGGCACCAGUCCGGUCACCCUGCGGAACCCCGAGGGGUCAGUGGGCGGAUCUAAUGGGUCGGUGGGCGUGUCUAACAGGACUGGGGGCGGGUCCAAACAGAAUGACCUCGCUGGCUCCGCCCAGAAGCGCCGCGAGAAAAGGAAGCACUGCGAUCAACAGGGGGCGCCAAACACAUUCAGGGUUCAGGAGGAGGAGGACGAGGAGGACAAACGUAAACACAAACACAAACACAAAGGUAAACAUAAACACAAACACAAGGCGGCGCGGGAUGCGCGGUUCGAGGGCGAGCGCGUGCCCCACCUGGUGAAGAAGAGGACGUUCCACGGGCAGAACGAGGAGCAGGACGACGGCAACCAGCAGAGGAACGACGACUACGUGCUGGCCAAGCUCUUCAAGAAGACCGGCAUCCACAGCGUGAUGAAGCAUGACUCCAUCAUGGAGGCGUCCAACCCUGACUUCGUGCUUGUGGAGGCCGAGGCUGACCGCGUGGCCAAAGACGCCCUCCGCGCCCUCAAGGUCUCCAGGCAACACGUACGCCUGCCCUUCAACAAACCGCCCCCGCCCCCCGCCAAGAAACGGUUCGGUGUGAAGAAGAAUUCUCUGCUGUCUCAGCCUCAGAUACAGGCCCCCCCACCACCGGAGAAGUGCAAGGACGCAGCCAUCAUCAAGAAGGCGGCCGUGAAGCGUCCCUCUGCGCCGUCGGCGGCGUCGUCGUCGUCUCUGUUCAGCGGCGAAUCGGUGGACGGCGAAGACGCCCUCUCCUCGUCCUCGCUCCUCGCCCGCAUACGCCAACGCAACCACAUCAGCCGCCCCGUCGACCUCGCCGGCGACCCCGCACAGGAAGAGGAGGAGCUGGAGCAGGAAGGGGCGGAGCCUCCGCCUCGGUCGGCGGAGGGGACGGAACACGACGAGCUGCUGUCGGAGCUGCUGACGUUCGUGGCGUUCGGCGCGACGGUGGACGGCCGGGCGGGGACGCGCGAGCUGCUGGAGAGGUUCACGCCGCGGCUCACGCAAGCGCAGACGCCCGUGUUCCGUCAGCUCCUACGCAGCCUCUGCACCUUCAGCAGGGAGGGGGAGGGGGGCGGCACCUGGACACUCAGGCCACAGUACCGCUGAUACACACACACACACACUUAUACACACACACACACACACACACACACACACACACACACACACUUAUACACACACACACACACACACACACACACACACACACACUUAUACACACAUACACACACACACACACACACACACACUUAUACACACAUACACACACACACACACACACACACACACACACACACUUAUACACACAUACACACACACACACACACACACACACUUAUACACACAUACACACACACAGGGCACCUGGAGACUCAUGCCACAGUACCGCUGACACACACACACACAUACACACACACACACACAGGGACACGGUGGUGAAGGAAACUGAAAUGACAGUACUAUUGAUACACACUUACAUGAAUAAACACACACACACACACACACACACACACACACCUACCUGGGAUCUUCUUGAAAUGAGCUGUGUAGCGUGGUCUUCCUCCUGAGGGGUGUGUGUGUGUGUGUGUGUGUGUCUGUGUGUGUGCGUGUGUGUAUGUGAGUGAGAGCCUGUCUGAGGCCCAGAAAGGACCAGCUCCACUGACCUGACUGGGCAUGCUCACUCCGUGUGCUGUCUGGUCAUUACUCAAGCCCUCUGGACAGGGUGUGUGAUAGGAUUGUAUGUGUGUGUGUGUGUGUGGACUCAGAUUCCAGAUGCAUUCCCAAAUGGCGUUCCUAGAGGCAAUUCCACAUAUUUCACACACUCCACAUGUGGGGUCCGGGGAGGGGGGGAUUCUCUGCUCUGUAGUGUGUGUGUGUGUGUGUGUGUGUGUGUGUGUGUGUGUGUGUGUGUGUGUGUGUGUGUGUGGGCACCUGUGAACACACCGAUCUACCUCUGCCUGCUGCCAACACUGACGCCUCACUCCAACACACACACACACACACACACACACACACACACACAUGCCCCGCAGGGCAGAUGGCUGUAAAGUAUUGACGAUUAAAGCAACUUUGUAGAGUCAAGUUUCUCUGGAGUGUUUAUAAACAUGAUGAUGAUGAUGAUAAUAAUAAUACAUUACCAAUAAUGUUAUCAUUAAUGUUAUUAUAGUGUAGUGAUGA